UAUUGUUUGCCUUGGCAGGCUGUUACAGGGAGGGGCCCCUCCACUGGUGUUUGUGCAACCUGUUAGGGAACUUUUAGGGCCAUCUGAUCUCUCCCUUACUCUCUCACUGGAGAUUCUCUCACCUUUUACCCAGGCUAUUACUUUUAUGAAUGUUGUACAUGUGGUGUGAAAUAUAAUAGAAAAAGGAUAUCGUUCUAUUCUUUAUGGGAGCAACAUCAAUCUUCAGAGGACACAACAGAAUCAAUGGCAGAAGUUUUAAUGUAGUGUCUGUUACCUGUGCUCUGAGUUCAUUCUACACUGUGAGACUUGAAAUUGAAUACAGAGAGAUUUUUUUUCCCCCUUUCAUUCAUUAUUUUUAUUUUAAAUACACUAUCUCAUCACUUGGCCUGGACACUGACACUCUGUUGCUCUUUUGUUCCAGUUUUCCCACCGAGGUAGCUGCGUGGGUCUGUGGGCCUAUAUCCCAUAGCACCACCCCCUCUAUAGACAUUUUAAUUAUGUCCACACUGUAUCAAUAGCAUGAACAUAGCAACAGUUACCUAGCAACAAGAUCGACAAGAAUAAACUACAUGUAAGAUUGGUAUCCAAGUUAUAUACCUGCAGGUGAACUAUGGGAUUUUCUGAAAUAGUUUUUUUUUUUUUCUCCCUCCUCUGGUGUGAUCCACUGCAGCACCAACGAGAAAAUGAGACACUCAGGGUGUGUGUGUGUGUGUGUGUGUAUAUGUGUGAGUCUGUGUGGCUUCGGUCCUGGCCCAUUUAGAGCCAGUCAACAAUGCAGCUGUGGUGAACGGGGCUGCUUCAAAGUAUUUUUCUACACAUGCCUCCAGUGACCACCGAGUGUAGACGGCUAAGUUUAAGCUCUAUUCAUAGAUGUGAAUGAAUGAGCAGACUGCCAGAGGAAGUUUUGUCACUGUAACUGUAAACAACAGCACAGUGAAUCAACAGGUAGGAACUCAGGAAGCUGUGGAAUGAAGAUUUUAAGAAAACCACCAAGUGAGCAGAGAUUUGCUCUAUCGAGCUGUUCGUCACAGUGCUGUAAUCAAAUGAGUGUAGGGGGAAUAGACUGCACACUAAGCAUUUUGACAGGAUACAGUAGGCCUAUCGAGUGCACAAUCUGACCUCUUUUGUCGUUCUCUUCAUUUCUCACCACAUCCCAAUCACACACUGUAUUGUUCAAAUGAAAGUAUCAGCUUACUUCAUGCAUGUAUCUUGUAAAAAAGAGAUGGACAAUUCUCAUUCUCUUUAUCAUUAAAUCUCAUUGCGUGUUUGAGUGUAAAACAGGGGCAAAAAAAAAAAUCUAAAAAAGCCAAACAGUCUUAUUCAUGUUAUCAAGAUGAUGGGUUUCCCUAACUCACACAGUUGCAACACGUUCCAACAAGAAAUCGUGAUAGCACAUUCAAAAAUAAAUAUUACCCGAUGUGAUGUUUGCUCAAAAUGAGACAUGCUGUAUUUACCACUUGUUGCCUUUGCUGCACAGAUGGCACACAAACAAGCAUGCCUACAGUAUAUUUUCAUAAAGCGAGUUUGUCGCUCAUUGUGUUAACAAUAUCAGCUUCAGUGAAGAGCCUCCUCGUAUUCAAAUAUCACAUUUUUUAAAAUCCUUCAUCUAAUGAAUGGACGCUGCUUUACUGUCCGUGACACUCACAUUUCAAAAUGAGGUACAGGUGUGAGAACGAGGCACCAGACAAGAAACACUUGUCGCUCCUUUUGCUCUUUUUAAAUCAGUGCUUUGUGACCCAGUUUCAUUAUUUACUUUAACAUGCCCUCAUCAGCUUCGUAAUGGCACUUCCUCCUCAGUAUAAUCAGUCGCAGGUGCUGCUGCAUCCCUCUAAAACUCAAGUGGAGUUUAUGAUUCUGACCUUUCGACUGUUGAGGGAGCAAGACACCAAAUAUUGUAUAGACUUACAUUAAGAAAAGUAUUAUUCACUGCUGUGUGUCAUAGUGACGAACACGUAAUGAGACAAAUGAUUAAAUGCCAACAGGAAAUCAAACAGGGCUUGUUGAAAUUAAUCAGUUUUCUUAUCAUGUGUUACAUUCAGAGGUAAGCACCUGCUUUCCUGAAAGAUAAACCCCUGAUGAUACAGAAGGUCAUUCUAACAACUUUUAUCACAUAUUUCCAGAAUCCUCAAAGAUUGUUUUCACCAUCUGAAACCAAAAAAAUAUUCAGUCCGCUGCACAAUAAAAAUAAUUAUUGACCUGUUUCCCAAGUUACAACUCUUGAUCUGUACAAACCAAUGUUUUAUUAUCAGUUAUAUUAUCCUAUAUUAGCAUGUUAUUUUACAUUUUCACACAUAAUCACUCCUUUUUGUUUUCUUGUGUCAUACAAAACGAACAAGGAAAUACAGAGUAUGUCACUUCACUUUACUGAAUUAAAUCAACUUGGCAAAAUCUUUUUUUUAUGUGCAGCAGACAGAAUAUUUUAUGGAUAGAAGAGUGUCUAAGGUUUCUGAAAAUACCUUCAAAACUGCGUUAAGAAGGGCACAAUGGUGACCUAGGGGUUAAGUUACUGACCCUGAAACACAUCCCAGGUUUGCGUUCAGCCUGAAAACUUGAACUCGUGUCUUUCUAUCCUAAUUUUUGUUAAUCUCUCUACUCUCUGCAUUAAAAUGCCUUAAAAAUGGCUUUUUAUAAACUGCGGUUGUUAAAUGGGUUUAAUGAGUCUCUGUCAUUUUUCAUAAAAACAAACUCUGCCAGAUGUGAUGAUAACAGGAAGUAUAGGUAUAAUAAUAAAAGACUCAGUAAAUCAGUAAAUCAGUAAAAGGAAAAUAUAUAAUGAUGUCUUUUUAAGGUUGACCUUUUUAUUUAACUGUCACUAAACAGUUCAUUUUUACCGCCUUCUAUCUAGAUAACCAAGAGAGGCAGAGAGCGGAGAAUGGUUCAUCACAGAGAGGAGGACCUGAUUGGGAUUCCCUUCCCCAAUCACAGCAGCGACGUCCUCUGCAGCCUCAAUGAGCAGCGUCGUGAUGGCCUGCUCUGCGAUGUCAUCCUCAUUGUCCGUGACCAGGAGUACCGGACCCACCGCUCCGUUCUGGCCGCCUGCAGCCAGUACUUCAAGAAGCUCUUCACAGUGGCCACCACUGACGGCGGCCGUCAUCACACGGCGGCCGUGUAUGAAAUUGACUUUGUCGCUCCGGAGUGUCUCACAGCCAUUCUGGAGUUUGCCUACACUUCUACUCUGACGGUGACGGCGUCUAACGUCAAAGAGAUCCUGAACGCCGCUCAGAUGCUGGAGAUUCCCUGCAUCAUCAACGUCUGCCUGGAGAUCAUGGACAGCGGGGGUGGUGGCGGUGGGGGGAGAGAGGAGGAAGGGGAAGAGGACGAGGAGGAGGAAGAGGAAGACGAGGAGGAGGAAGAAGAGGAGGAGGAAGAGGAGGAGGACGUGGGUUCGAGGAAAGAUGAGCAGGAGGAGGACAAUGUCAGCGAGAGGUCGCUGCAGUCGUCGGAAAGCAGGGGGGAGCAGACGCCUCUGGGGACGGAGGACUCGCCGCCUCCUAGCACCUCCACGUACCACCAGCAGUUUGACCUGCACAGAGAGUCCCAGUCGCAGUCUCCAGACAACAUGAGAGGAAAACAGGAGAGUAUGGAGAGUCGGGCUUUGAAGGAUUUCUCCAUCGAGUCUCUCCUCCAGGAGGGGCUGUACCCCCGUAUGUCAACACUGGACAGGAGGGCCAACUUCUCUCCCCUCCUCCCAGGCUUCUACCCCUCUAUGUGGGCUGCCGAGUUCCCGGCCUUCCCGCAACAGCUCCUGGACCCCAACCAUCACCAGCAUCCCCACACAGGAGCCUCACCGCAAACCAGGCUUCUCCAUGCCUUUCCAACACCCGCACCGCUCGAGGCCUCCAGGCCCCUCGACCUAGCUGUGAAAAGAGAGAUCAUAAAGGAGGAGCUGAAAGAGGAAGUCCCGCCCAGCCUGCUCCACGGUGACUUCCUGAAGGAGUUUGUCAGCUCGGGGCUGGGUAGCACCAUGAACGCUGGGUCAGUGCCAUCAGAGGGUCACCCUCUGGGUCCGAUUAAGGAUGAAGCUGACUUCCGGUCGUACCUGAGCUUCCUGAGCUCCGCAUCCCACCUGGGGGCACUGUUCCCUCCCUGGCAGCUGGAGGAGGAGAGGAAGAUGAAGCCCAAAGCAUCGCAGCAGUGUCCAAUCUGCAACAAGGUCAUCCAAGGGGCUGGGAAACUGCCACGACACAUGAGGACGCAUACGGGAGAGAAACCGUACAUGUGCACUAUCUGUGAAGUACGGUUCACCAGACAAGACAAACUCAAGAUCCACAUGAGGAAGCACACAGGUGAGCGCCCCUACAUCUGCCUCCACUGCAACUCAAAGUUUGUCCACAACUACGACCUGAAGAACCACCUGCGUAUCCAUACGGGCGUCCGUCCGUACCAGUGUGAGCACUGCUACAAAAGUUUCACACGGUCUGACCACCUACAUCGACACAUCAAGAGGCAGAGCUGCCGCAUCUCCCGUCCCCGGCGGGGACGAAAGCCAGCUGCUUGGCGGUCGACACCCACUAGCAACUUCCUGUGCCCCCCACCUGCUGCUACUAACCGGUUUGAGGAGAACGGGUUAAGCUCUGCAUACCAGGGAGUCAAGAGUCACGGACUUGGGGAGAUGCUCGGCCUCGGUAACAGGGGUGUGGGAUUUAAGAGCGUGGACGGUGUGGGCAGGGAGGGCAGGGAGGAACGGCGAGCAGAGGGGAAGCACGUCGCAGAGGAGGAGAAGACAGCAGCAGGGAGGCAGAGGGGAGUAUUUGCCUUCGCCCUCGCUGGAGAAGAAGUGCUUACCCACUCUCCAUUUUAUGCUGCAACCUCUGACCCCUGGACCAUGAGACUGGAGUGUGCUCCACCCAUCCCUGAGCCAGCCAAAUGAAUUCUGGCCUGUAGAGAUAGAGAGAGAGAGAGAGAGAGAAAGACAAGACAAGAAAGAAAGUCUCUUUAAUCUCUGUGUCUGUUCUGCUCUAGGAAGCUAAAGCACCUUUUUAAAAAGUGAAAGAGUGAGAUCAAUGAACCUUUUGAAGCCUGCUGAUGUGGCAGCAAUGACACAGACUUUUUUGGGGGGGCGGGGACAGUCCAAUUAAAUAAUUUCACAGAUUUCAUAAUAAAUAAUUAUUUCUGCCCUGUGAAUGUUUACAAAUACAUUGAUAGCAUUUAAGUAAGAGGAGACACUGCUAAUGAGGAAAACAUAUCUGAAUGCUGUUAUAUAUAUAUUAUUUGCAUUAUUUAUCUACAAGGUAAAUACUAUUAAUUCAAACUCCACUAUGCCCUCUGAAGCAAGACGAGAUGAGGCUUUUAUACUAAAAAGUUUUAAUAUGCAAGAAGACAUAAAUCUACAUCCAGAACAUUGUAAUUGAUACAUUUUUUAAAUUAGUGACUAUGAUGAAUGUAAAACACGUGAUUACAUGUACAAACCCAAUCAACAAAUGUUUGGUAUUGUAACAUAAACAUUUCAGUCUCAUAAUGAAGUGGAGACAAAUUAAUUAAAUAAAAUAAAUAAGCCUUUCCAUUCAAACAAUUCACAGUGAGUUUAAUUUUGGAUAGCUGUGUUUAAGUGUUAAAAAGAUGGAUCAGUACUAUAAAAAACAUUAAAAAAUGGUUUGAAUUAGAGCAGGACGUAGUCUGGCACAUGUCCUGGAUAUAUGUGGUUAUUUAAUGAUAUUCCAAAACAAAAGGAACCCACUUGAAGUUUAAAAAAAAUCAGGAUAUUUUAUAAUGUAUAAUUAUCCUUCCACUGCCUUGUUCUGAUUUAAGCUCCUUGUCUGCACUAUUGUAAAUAGAAAAACUUUUGGCCAUGGUGGUGUUAAUUACGGUUGCGUUGCUGAUGAUGUAAAAACAACAAAAAAACAUAUAUUGCUCUUAAAAAGACUUUGAGGCAUCCAUCCAAAGAUGUGUACUUUGAUAUUUCACAGACUUGAAUAAGACUUGUUUUAAUGUUUAUGUGUCUUCAGAGGAUGUAUAUUUCUGACUAAUCAACUGCCGCUUCAGCUUUGUGCUUGUGUUUUUCGGCUGCAACAAAUCAAGAGGGUUUCGGCCCCAUUUUUCAUAUAAUGUUCAUCUCUGAUUUGUGUAUAAAGAAGUUCAAAAAUUAUUUGAAUUGAAAUGGGAAAGUAUUUUCUUGCUAUUUAUGCGUAUUUAAAUGAAUGAGCCUUGGCUAUAUUUUGCAAAUCUGUUUUAUAAAGACACUAAAUGUUGAACUUCGUUUUGGUCUGGGAGUAUUAUUUCCUUAAAAUUACUAAAGUGUAUGUGUGUACGUGUGUGAACGUGUGUGUGUGACCAAUUUGAGUUUUGGACCUUGAUAAUGACGACAUUUUUGCAAAGUGAGGUUGUGAUGGUUAGAGUUAGGAGAAACAAAAUAAAAUUAUGUCAGUAAA